AUGCCGCCUCAAAUAGAUAAGACACUAUCAUUAGAUCAAAGUUACAAUACGAAACAAUCAUUUACUGAUCUUAAUGAACAGAAUGGAUUUAAUAUUCGAAAAUUUCUUCUUAUACUUCUUUUUGCACAAUGGUUUAUCUGUAUUGUAACACUUGCUGUUGGUAUUUAUGCUAUAUUUAUUGAUAAUACAAUAAAUAUUUCAAAUGAUAUUAAAUCUUUAAUACCAGUUAUUGCUUUAACUCUCUAUUAUACAUUUGGUCUUUUAGUUGCCUAUAAACAAUAUCGAACUGGAUUAUUUAUUUUUGCAAUUAUUGGAGUUAUUUUAUUUAUCGCAAUAUCGAUUCUUUUGAUUUAUAUUAUCUUAUCUAUUACAGUGUUAGGUUUUGAUCAUAGCACUAAUCAAGUCUAUGAAUAUAUUAUUUUUAUUGUAAUAUUUUUUAUAUUGAUGACAAUUGUUGCGAUUCUAUCUCUUAAAUUAUCUUUCGAUUUAGUGAAAUUGCUCAAAAUAAAUGAAUAUACUACAGUUUGA